AUGCACGCCUCAGCGGUGUCUGCCGCAUUUGACGCUCUGGCCAGGGAAGCCAAGUUCCGCCACCUGCAUCAAAUGUCUGGUUGGGUGGACCUCACGGAUAAACAGAUCUGGGACGACUAUGUUCGCGAUACGGUAAAUGGUAAAGUGCUACCUUUAAGGCUUCCCGUAAUUCGUCCUCGUAGUUAUAAUUCAUAAGAGGCAUGAUCCGCAUCUUUCGUUAAUUCAUAAGAUGAACUCCUUCUAAAUUAAGUAUAUGAAAAAUACUAAUCGUUGUUCCUUCAUAAGAGGCAUGAUCCGCAUCUUUCGCUUUGGGUGUGCUGGUCCUCCUUGUUCAGAGGUAGAGGAAGCUGCAUACUUACACAUCAUGCCCGUAGCCAAAGAAACAGAUGACUUCUGGUGUGAAGAUCAACAUUUGUGCAACAAGCUCUAAUACCAGGAGAUCGAGUCUUUGAAGCUGGCUGUGGAGUUCUAGCCUUCCUCAGGUCGUUGCAGGAAACGAUGCCACUGGAGAGCAGAAAGCUAACGCUAGGAGGAGUCGAUGGAGCGCCGAAGACGGUCGAAUUGGUCCGAAACGAACUGGCUGCGCCGGAAGACAAGGUACUAUUUGAUUAAACUUUAACUUAUGUUCUAUUUCUUUGUGAUUAAACUUUAAUGUAAUCAGACAGUACAUGAUGGACGACUUCUGCUCCUAGAAGUUACUCUUCUCCUCCAGCACUGUUCUCUCUGCUUCAAGGCUAAUUAAUCUAAUCAGUUCUUGUAGUUGGAAACUGAAUCAGGAGCUCCUCUUUCUCAAUCCGUAUAAUCCAAAAAAUGCAUUAUACUACUUACUAACCUCUACAAGUACAACUUCCCCGACUUUUUCUUCGCCGCCAUCUUCAGGACAACUAUUAUACUGUACUUACUAAUUUCUACAACUUCCCCGACUUUUUCUUCCCCGACUUUUUCUUCAGGACAACUUCUACGUCGGUCUAGUCCCGGAUUGUUUGCAGAGCGUGCCGGAUAAUAGCUGGGACGUGGUGGUGUGCAACUCCGUUUUCCAAUACAUUAACGACAAAGAGCUAGCCAAAAAGGCCGUGGAGCAGAUGAUCCGUAUAGCCAAGAGAUGGGUUAUUAUUGCGGACGUGUUGGACGCCAAAUAUCAUGAUGUCUCAAACGCGAGGAUCAAGCACUUGGGGUGGACGAAGGUAUCAUAGUAUCAUGUUGUGAUUGUACAUUUAGUAUUGCUUUUAUUUGUUUUCUAGUCGUUGCUUGUAGUGGUCGUAUAAUUUAGAUCAUGUCGUGUUUGCGCUUCUGUAUCUGUUUCAUCUGUACUAAUUGUGUGAUGGAAAAGCAAACUACGAACACAUUAGAAUUUUCUCCUUCAUCUUCUAAGAGGACUUAAAGUUAUUUACAAGUAGUGAAGAUAUUCUCUUGUGACAUCUUCAUCUUCAUGAUCCUUACUGUGCUCCUUCUCCCCAGGACGUUCCGGAGUACCGCAGUUAUGACAAGGUGUGGUGGGAAGAGAAUUUCGAUGCUGGCGAGAACCUGGUCUCAAUCCGCCAUGUGGAAUGCCAGUACUACGCCAGACGCAAAGAGCGCUACGUUGUCUACAUCGAGAAGAACGCACCCAUCACCGAUGCUUCCGCAGUGAUGUCCAGAGCAGGGAAAGGAACCUAA